CGUUCAACAAGUUAAUAGUUCUCUGUUAUUUUUAAUAACCUUUGCGUUAGCUUUUGUGAUUUUUUGAAGAAAUGGCAACACAAAAGCAGCGAGCCGAGCUUGACGCCAAGGCUAAGCAGGGUGAGACUGUUGUCCCUGGAGGCACUGGUGGGAGGAGCCUUGAAGCUCAGGAGCAUCUAGCUGAAGGGAGGAGCCGGGGAGGACAGACGAGGAAGGAGCAGCUGGGGACUGAAGGGUACCAGGAGAUGGGUCGAAAGGGUGGGCUGAGCACGACGGAUGAGGCUGGAGAGGAACGUGCAGCCCGGGAGGGGAUUGAUAUCGAUGAGUCCAAGUUUAGGAAAGAUGCUUAGCUAUUAUUAGUUCCUCUCUCUCUCUUUUGGGCUUUGCUUUUGUGUUUUGGUGAUCAGUUAGGUUGGGUUAGGUCUAGGAGUUAUAGUUGCAACAGUAAUGUUAAGAAUGUAAGUUUCAGGUGUGUAAGUUCUGUAAGGAAAAAGGAUACACAGAGGCAGCUGGCCCAACGUCUGAAGACUUGUUUUGUUCCAAUCGUUGUGGCCUUUUAUAGUUGUGUGGUGUAAUAGUUCCUUUCGGACUUUAAACUAAACUAACGUUUGUGUAAA